AACUGAAAACGAAGAAGAAGAAGGUGCAGUUGGUGGUGAAGCGGAUCACUUGAUUGAUUCAGAAACAGGAGAUGAAGCGUUCGAAGUAGUCGUUGAAAGCGAGAGCGAAGAAGAAAAUGUUGCUUCUGUUGAAAAUCCGAAAAAGAAGAAAAAAACAAAGGCUGAUUAUGCGAUGGAAAAGACAUGUAAAACCUUUGCUGAAGCCGAAGCUGAUGUCAAAGAUCGCAAAUAUGGUCGCACCGAAACAAAAAAAGUGAAGAAUGGCUGGAGUCACUUUUUCCGUUGCACGGUGGCGAAAAGAAGAGGAAAAACGAAAUGCCAACAUAUGAUGAAAAUAUUCGAGAGCGAUGUGAAGGCGGAAGCGGUCAUUUUUUCAUCUCUUACGCCCCAUGAUCAUGAAUCGAUUGCCGAAGAAGAUAAAUCGAAAAAAAUGUCGCCAGAAAUGCGCAAUUUUAUUGUGAGUCAACGAAAGAAAAACAUGUCGGCAAAAAAUAUCAUAAAAUCAAUAAACGAAUUGAAGGCCACGGGUAGCAUUUUUUCGGGUGAAAAAACACCGAAUGAUAAGCAAGUAUAUUAUGUAGCGGAGAGUCAAGCGUCAAAAGAAACACCCCAAGUGAUAUCAGUCGGUGAUUUGGUCGAGUGGUGUGAGAAAAACUCCACAAUCCCAAUGGAUGAAGACGCCCCGUAUGUUAUGGGUUUCGAGCACUCCAAUGUUAACGAAUCCAGAUUUUUCCGAUUCAUGUUUUCAACUCAACGCCUAUUAAAAAACUGCAUUGGUGCCACUACACUCGUUGUCGAUGCCACGUACAAACUUAAUUGGAACGGAUAUCCGUUUCUCAUCGUGGGAACUGUUGAUCGUGCAAGAAAGUUUCAUGCUUUGGCCUACGCUUGCACCACAAACGAAAAAACGGAAGACUACACAUUUUUCUUCCAAACGUUAAUUGAUGCCGUAAAGCAAAUUCAUAACGUUCAGCUCGCACCAAAAACGCUAAUUGCUGAUGGUGCCAUUUCGAUCCGAAAUGCCUGCGAAUUGACAUUUCCAACUAUCACCGUUAUGGUUAUGUGUUACGUUCACGUUCUCAGGAACGUCAACAAACGAGCUUUGGCCAAUAGCAAGAAGAAUCGCAAACCGAUAAUGGAUGACAUCGAAAUUCUGCAUUUGGCCGCAACCGAGGAAAAGUUUGACGAACUGUCGGCUCUGUUCAUCAAAAAAUGGCAGAAAGAGGAAUUGGACUUCACGCGUUAUUUUGAACAACAAUGGUUGGGCGAUUUGAAGUACUGGUUUGUUGGCGCAUCCGCAUUCGACCCAUCAGACAAUAAUCAUAUUGAAGGUUACAACUCACACGUGAAGCGCGAUAUAACGCACCGUGAGCGCAUGCCGUUGGGCCAGUUUACCCAGAAAGUGUUUGAAAUGGCCAACGAAUUAUCCAUUCAAUACAAAGAAAAUAAAAAAGCCAUGAAAUGCGAGCCAAUCAUGCCCACACCAUUGUGGAAGAAAGGUGCAAUAUGGGCAAGCGAUGACCAAAUUCCAACAAUCAAAAUGUCCGAAAAUUCGGCUGAAUGGGUUUUUUAUGCACCAUCGACAAAGUGGUUGGAGUCUGAAAAGCCAUUCGAUUUAGCUUCGGUGCAAAAAAUCCAGCAAAUGACGUGGAAGACUUUUGACCAAUACGUUGAAUUCGGCCAUUGCAAAUUCUACACCGUUAGAGUUGCAAAAAACAGGGAAAAGUGGAACGUUGAAUCACAAUGCGAUUGUCCUGAUUUUUUCAGGCAUUAUAUCUGUAAGCACAUCAUUGGGAUCGCACUUCGUCGAAAAAUCGCCGUUUUACCGAAAAAUGCAAUUCCGACGGUGUUGACACAAAACAAAACGUCUGGUCGCCCAGCAAAAGCUGCGAAAGCUCUUCUGAUUCAAUUAAUACACACAAACCCCAAAUACACAAACAUACACAUACAAAUAUACAUACAAAUUAAUUUAAUAAAAACAAAACGAAAAAAAUAGAAAAUUUAAGAACGCAAACAUGAAAUCGGUUUUUUUUAUUUGAACACAAACACACGAUUUGAGACACAGAGCACAAAGUAAGUGGUUUUUCAUGGUAAUGGAGUUUGAUUUGGUUUGUGUGCUGCAACAAGUUAUACUUGAUUGAAUUGAGCACAUUGUUACGAUAAAAGGUAAGACACAUGUAUUUUGUCAGAAAAAGUCUGCACAUUUUCGAAAAAAAAAUGUACAUCUGGUUUUAUUAGGAAUUUAUCUGAUCAUUUUAAAAAUAUAUCUGACCGUUUUGGACAAGUGCGUCUGUCAAAAGCAGAA